AUGGGACGGGAACCAACCAGCGGAAACUGCCACACCUGUCGCAGGCGGCGAGUCAAAUGCGACCAGAGCAGACCUGUUUGCAAGCGAUGCCAGAAAUCAAACCUCGAUUGCCAAGGAUACGAAAAGGUGCUACGCGUCCACACCUACGGCUUUGUCACCGCUCCAGACUCAGCGCCUCUCCGUAUCAGGACAAUCAACAAAAGCACAUCAUACCCUGCCAUUGCGAUCUCGCCAAAAGAUGCCAGCCAUCCCCAGCGCGGGUCUUCAACGACUUCGACUGCGCGCGACGGUCCAUCUGACGGACGAGAGGAUACCUCGUCUAGACCCGAACGCCGCCCGAUCUUGAUAUGCCAGCCACAGAGGAUAAGCCCGCCUCGCGAGCCGACUCUCUUGCCUUUCCUCGAUCACAUCUCCUUCACUUAUUUCUUUGACUCGUACAGUUGGAUCAAUGUGCACAGUAUCUUGUUGCAAGACACGCCGAUGCGCCAGCAUCUGGCCGAAGAAACCGACGACCUUGGCCACGACAGCCUUCGCGCCCUGGCAUACGGUUUGUUCGGCCGAGACCAUCAUGUCACAAGUCUACGCCAGUCGGCAGCGCGCCUCUACGGUGCAAGUCUACAACGACUACAAACGAAGCUCUCAAGCGUAUCCAAGGCACAAUUGGCUCUGCUUGUCAAACCUGUCGCUGUUAUGGGAUCUUACUCGGUUUCCGUUGAUAAGGACCUCCGCUUUACACACCACCACGGCUUGGCCCACAUUUUGGAGCACUGUGGCCCCGAGAACUUCACAGACCCCAGUAUUCUGCCUCUGUUCGAGUCUUGCAGAAUGACACUGAUAUCGAGCGCAAUAGUCCGUCGUCAAGGUACAUUUCUAGAGCAGGAAUGUUGGAGGACAACCCCGUGGUCCUCCUCUAGCGAAUCCAAGACGAACCGCAGCAAACUCCUGGAUAUCUUGGCGAAAAUCCCCAGUAUUAUCCAAGCAACGGAUGAGCUGCUUGAAGAACGGACCUUGCGGACUAAUGCCACAGCUACUGGAUACUCUACCUUCGAUUUCAACGAAGUUCCAUCGACAGUGGAGGUUCUCCAGCACCGGCUAGAAUGCAUCUCCGUGGAAUUGGAUCUCUGGCGUGCUGAGUGGGCAAACACACCUCGAGCUUCUGAGAUACUGGAAUGGGCGCUUUUCAGGAUAGGCGACGACUCUUACCGCCCAGGAAUCUACGGUGCUCAGGGCCCAGACGUGUACGGACUGAAUAUGAGCGAUGCAACUGACUUGGAUGUCCCCUUUCCUCUUGAAUCCAGUACCCAAAGUGACCUUGGGCAGCCCCAGUCCGAAGACACAACUUUCGCCUUGAUGCAGGACGCUUCUCUUUACAUCACGGUGCUGAUUUGGGUCGAACGGCUGCGCAAGAAUCUUGCAGGUGCCGCCCGCUCUCCCGAUGCGAUCGAUUUCUACAACGCGCCUUUCUAUACCGAAUGCCGCUGCUACUACACCCAGCCUGGUCCGUGGAGGCGGUGUCAAAUCUUCCCUCCUGAUCCUUUAAAGACACGUCAAAUGAACAUGGCAUGGAACAUACACGCACCCAGGAUCUCAGAGGCUCCGGUCCGCGUGGUAGCUAGCAGAUCAGGCUUCGAUGACUUUGAAGAAUGCCAGCAAUCUUGCGAACAUCCAGAAGGUGUACGUCAACGGAUAGCAUUGACAAAUCUGGCAGAGGAGGGCCGACUGCUUCUUCCCGGAGACGGACGAUUUGCAGCCCAACUGCGCAUCCUAAACUGGCUGGUGAAGCACCUCUCGGCGGGGAGCCGGACGCACGUACUGGGCACACUGGCGGCAAUGGGCAUAAGUCAUUGCGUACAUGACGUCCGCCCCUCGGAAGGGAACGAAGCCAUUGCAAAGACCAUCCGUGGAACGAUGGCGAAGUCGGGCUUUGAAGGCGCUGCAGAUCUCUUGCUCCGAAACUAUGGCUAA